CGUGCCAUUCACACGCACUACCGGGAACUCCGAAGACGGUGCCAGAAGCGACAAUUACAAUAUGUUCAUCUUCCUCGUCUUCAGCUCACUCUCUACUUCUCACAGAAAUUCCAGAGAUCUAUAAUUCCAAAAAAGUCCAACAAGUCCGUCUAAUCCCAUAAAUCUACCCAAAACCAGUGAUGGGAGGAGGGUACGUAUUUGGGUCGGCUUUCGAUUCGAGAUCAGGGCAGAUGAUAAUGGUGGCACUGGUGCUGAUGAUUGGGUCAUUCUACGCUGGUACUCUCUUCGGAAACAAUGCCCCCGCUUAUAUCUCUCGACCCUCCAAUUCUUCAUCCUCUCCUGGUAUAUUAAUGUUCACAAACAAGGUUGCCCUGACUUACCGCAGCAAGCCACUUUUGAUCCCUGAAAGUGGGAUUGAUGUAUGCCCUUUAUCGUUCAAUGAGUAUAUCCCUUGCCAUGACGUUUCUUAUGUGAAAAAAUUGCUUCCAAGCUUGGAUGUUUCUAGAAGAGAAGACCUAGAGAGGCAUUGUCCUCCACCUGAAGAACGUUUAUAUUGCUUGGUGCCGCCUCCCCAAGAUUAUAAGAUACCGAUAAGAUGGCCGACCAGCAGGGAUUAUGUGUGGCGGAGCAACGUGAAUCAUACACGGCUUGCGGAGGUCAAGGGAGGGCAGAAUUGGGUGCAUGAGAAAAAUGAAUUGUGGUGGUUUCCUGGUGGCGGUACCCAUUUCAAGCAUGGGGCAUCUGAUUACAUUCAGAGGUUGGGAGACAUGAUAACUAAUGAAACUGGUGAUUUACAUUCAGCUGGAGUAGCUCAGGUUCUUGAUGUUGGUUGUGGGGUUGCGAGCUUUGCAGCUUAUCUUCUGCCCUUGGAUAUACAAACCAUGUCUUUUGCUCCCAAAGAUGGUCACGAAAAUCAGAUUCAAUUUGCUUUAGAGCGAGGGAUUGGUGCAAUGCUCUCUGCCAUUGCCACAAAACAAUUACCUUACCCUUCCAACUCUUUUGAGAUGGUUCAUUGUUCGAGGUGUCGUGUUGAUUGGCAUGCAAAUGAUGGUAUUUUACUCAAAGAAGUGGAUCGUCUUUUACGUCCAAAUGGAUACUUUGUCUAUUCGGCUCCACCUGCUUAUAGGAAAGACAAGGAUUAUCCGAUGAUUUGGGAUAACUUGGUAAAUUAUACUUCAGCAAUGUGCUGGAAACUCAUUGCUCGAAAAGUUCAGACAGCAAUCUGGAUUAAACAAGAAAAUGAGGCAUGCCUCCAGCAGCAUGCAGGACUCAAGCAGAUAACUAUGUGCAACUCAGUGGAUGAUUCUAAACCAUCAUGGAAUACCCCAUUGAGGAACUGCAUACAAAGUACCUCAGAAUACUCUAAAAAAUCCCCCUCUAGAUCAGAUCGUCUUUCAGUAUAUUCAAAGAGUCUUGACAGAAUAGGUGUCAGUGAAGAAGAAUUUGUUUCAGAUACCAUCUUCUGGCAAGAUCAAGUUCGCCAAUAUUGGAAGCUGAUGAGUGUUAAUGAAACAGAAAUAAGAAACAUCAUGGACAUGAAUGCUUUUAUUGGUGGAUUUGCAGCGGCUUUGAAUGAAUUCCCUGUUGGGGCGAUGAAUAUAGUUCCUGGAAGCAUGAAUAAUACGCUAACUGCUAUUUAUGAUCGGGGUCUUUUAGGUGCUUUCCAUGAUUGGUGUGAACCAUUUUCGACAUAUCCACGCACAUAUGAUCUGUUGCAUGCUGAUCAUCUAUUCAGUCACUACAAAAACCGUGGAGAAGGUUGCUUACUGGAGGAUAUCAUGCUGGAAAUGGAUCGCAUUGUACGGCCGCAGGGUUUUGUUAUUAUUAGAGACGUGGAUGCCAUUACAUCGAGAAUCCAGAAUGUUGCCUCAAAGUUUUUGUGGGAGGUCGAAUCACAUCUUCUGGAAAGUAAAGAAAAGAAGAGGGAAACCGUGCUAAUUUGUAGAAAGAAGUUUUGGGCAGUUGCAUGAAGUGUGCCAAUGUUUUCGACCCAACACGUACAGGUUACUUUCGACCUUUCAUCCUCGAAUACUUUCUUUGUGUAAUGAGAUUAAUGAGAUUAGAGAAGUGUCAUAAAGUCUAGUAGUGUAGUCAUUACAUGGAGGAGCCUGACAUUUUAUUUUAUUCAAAGCUCUUCAGAAGCCAACUGUGAGACACUAUAGCAUUAUGCUUUCUCACCAUUCAAAAUGCACAUAGAACAGCUUGGCCAGAGCUUACCUGGGUUUAUGACAAAAUUCCAGCCCAGAUACUAAAUGGGUCAGGCCUGCCUAAAUCUAGUCCUGAUUCCCAGACGUGAAAAAUCCUUGGGCUUUAUAUAAUUAUGUACACGUUUUUCUUUAAGUUUCCAUGGUAAUAAAGAACAACAAAAUUAAGC